AUGGCGGAUGGUAAACGAAAAUUACAGUCGGGAUUAGCGACUUCGUGGCUUUUUCACGUUCAGUCAGGAAUUGUGCUCCAAAGGAAUGCGACCAGCUGGCCAAGGCAGACGCAAGCGAACGAAAAAGCCCGAGCAUUAUUUAGCCUAGUUACUCUGGAAUCAAGAAAAAUAUCCGCUCCAAGCUCUGAAGACGAGGAAGGGUCGCGCGUCCCACCUCGGAAGCGUCUGCGUGGUGAAGGGACAAGCAGCAGCAUUACUGGUGCUUCCGUCCAGUCAUCUGGUUCACUUUCCUCCCAAGUGGAACCAGUGGAAGGUUAUCAGCGUCUGCUGAUAAGUGGAUCCGCAUUAGCAAUGCUGAAAGAAGAAGUGGAUGGCGGUCAUUCUCAUGCGACGGGUGACGUGCUGGAUCAGGGCAAUCAGCGUGCUGAAGCCCUGCCUCGCAGCUUCGUAGGCAAAUGCAAAGGCGAAAGGAAUGGUAUAGGCAAAGGAGACGGUGUGGUGGACGAACAUCAUGUUCAUGCGUCCAAUGGACAUCAUCAUGCGAUGAAAGCAAAGGUGGAUUUUCGAACCUUCUCCUUACGCGAUCAGGAGAUCAUUCGACUGAUGGGGCAGCAUCUGCAGAGCUUGGGAUUGACAAAAACGGUGGAAGCACUGAUUGCAGAAUCUGGCUGCCAGAUGGAGCAAUUAAGUGCAUCGAAAUUUCGGGAAAAUGUUAUGAAUGGGAAUUGGGAAGAUGCAGAGCGAUCGCUGAAAGAACUUUUUCCUCUUGUCAGCACUCCAGGUGGCCAAAAGAAAAUGCAGUUUUUGCUCCGUGAACAAAAAUAUCUAGAGAACGUUCAAGAUGGGCGAAUACUGGAGGCACUGCAUACUUUGCGCUAUGAAUUGACGCCGUUGGAAUACAACACACACCGUGUUCACGAGCUAAGCUACUGUCUGAUGACCCGCGGGAAAGACGAACUAUGUACCGUUGCUGGAUGGCCAGGAAAAGGAUUCGUGUCGCGUCAAAACUUAAUGGAUAGCCUUCAGACUUUUCUCCCACCAUCGGUUAUGCUUCCUCCCCGUCGAUUGCGGGCUUUGCUCGAUCAGGCGACGGAACUGCAAGUGCAACGAUGUCCGCUUCAUAAUACUCCAUCGGAGUCACGCGCUCUAAGUCGGGUCUCGCUGUUGGUUGAUCAUCUCUGCAACAAGGAACUGUUUCCUUGUGAAACCUCUCAGAUCUUGCAUGAUCAUCGUGAUGAAGUGUGGUUUUGUCGGUUUUCACACAAUGGUCGAAAGCUGGCUACCGCAUCCAAAGAUAAUUCAGUUAUUAUUUGGGAUGUGGAUUUGGACACGAAAAGGGUUACCUCUCACCGUGUCCUUUCUGAUCAUCCUUACGGUGUCUCAUACCUGGCAUGGAGUCCCGAUGAUUUGUACAUAGCUGCCUGUGGCCCCGAUGAUAGUUCAGAUGAAUUGUGGAUAUGGAGUGUAGAGACUGGCGAACAGCGAUGCAAACUGAAUCAUUUCCCCGAAGACAGCCUCACAUCAUGUGCCUGGCAUAAGGAUAGCAAGAAGUUCGUUACCGGUGGCGCGCGGGGGCAGUUCUAUAUCUGUGAUCUUGAUGGAAAGUUGUUGGAUACAUGGGAAGGUGUUCGAGUGCAAGGCUUGGCUUUCCGUGAUGAUGGCAAAGUAUUGGCAUCUGAUACUCACCAUCGUAUCAGAGAGUACGACUUCGUUAACGUCAUGGACAAGCAGUUGUUGAAAGAGGACCAGUCAAUUUUAUCAUUUACCUGUGAUAAAACUGGCCGUCUUGCCCUACUGAAUGUGGCCAGCCAAGGUGUCCACUUGUGGGAUUUAGAAGAUAAAGUCCUGCUAAGAAAAUUCCAAGGAUUGCAACAAGGAUAUUUUACAAUUCACUCAUGUUUUGGGGGAGUUGAAGAUAAGUUCGUGGCAAGCGGAAGCGAAGACAACAAAGUUUAUAUCUGGAACAUUGCCAGAGAAAAUCCCGUAUUAAUUCUCUCCGGACACACAAGGACUGUAAAUUGUGUGCACUGGAAUCCGGAAUGCCCUUCUAUGUUGGCAAGUGUGUCGGACGAUGGAACUGUCCGAAUAUGGACACCCACGGAAGAUGGACCAGUGGAGACAUAGUGAAAACUGUGACUAUUUCACAAAUUGCCUUUCUCUAUAUUACAUCCGGUGAGCAGAAAGAUGGAUCGUUAUCGGACCGAAAUCGAUAAAGGCGGAUGAGUAGACCGUGGGACUUCGAAAUAGUGGAUUGUAUUGGAAUGAGAUUUUUGUUUUAUUUGUUAGUACAGAAUGUUUCAGACUGGGUUGAGGACUUUGUUUUGUUAUUUUUCUGGAUUGAUUUCCGUUUCUUCUCCCUUACGUUCAGCAGUCUCAGUGCAACAGCUAUGUGACAAUCGUCAGCGAACCGACUUGUUACUCUGACAGUGGACUUCAUGCCCGAUCGUUUUGGUUUAUGCGCUGUUCGCUGGUUGGCGAGCCGCUGCUUCUAAUGGAUUCUCUGUUUUCAUUUGAAAGUGUACAUAUGUGAAUAAUGUGGCAAAUACAAAUAGGUUACAAAUUCUG